GACUCAUUAACCAAUCACCCCCCACCUUCACAUUCUCUUACAUUUUCUCUACUAUACAUAAGUCUCUUCCUCAAAAGCAGCAGCCAUCUUUUGACACCCUCUUUUAUUCUUUAGUUCCUAUUUUUGGUAUGCAUGAAAUGUUACUUAAAUAAAAGUAUAAAACUGAUUAGUAUAUUUUGGUGAGUGUUUUAUUUUUUUUUGGGUUGGUUAUAAGUGGCCGGUUGGGAAAAUAAAUGAAUAUGGAACGGGUGGUGAAUCCGGUGAUGGAGAUGCCGAUCAUGCAUGACAGUGAUCGGUAUGACUUCAUUCGCGAUAUUGGGUCGGGUAAUUUUGGGGUGGCAAGGCUUAUGAGAGAUAAACAUACUAAAGAGCUUGUUGCAGUCAAGUAUAUUGAGAGAGGUGAAAAGAUAGAUGAAAAUGUUCAAAGAGAGAUUAUAAAUCACAGACCUUUGAGACAUCCUAAUAUAGUCCGGUUUAAAGAGAUCAUAUUGACACCGACCCAUCUAGCCAUUGUUAUGGAGUAUGUGGCCGGAGGGGAGCUUUUCGAUAGAAUUUGUAAUGCAGGGCGCUUCAAUGAAGAUGAGGCCCGAUACUUCUUUCAACAAUUGAUAUCCGGGGUCAGCUACUGUCAUGCCAUGCAAGUUUGUCAUCGUGACUUGAAGCUAGAAAACACAUUGAUAGAUGGAAGCCCUGCUCCUCGAUUAAAAAUAUGCGAUUUUGGGUACUCAAAGUCCUCCGUUUUGCAUUCACAGCCAAAGUCAACUGUUGGAACACCGGCUUACAUUGCUCCAGAAGUAUUAGCCAGGCAAGAAUAUGACGGGAAGAUCGCGGAUGUUUGGUCCUGUGGGGUGACAUUAUACGUCAUGCUCUUUGGUGGCUAUCCAUUCGAGGACCCAAAUGAACCAAGAAACUUCAGAAAGACAAUCCAUAGAAUUCUUGAAGUUCAGUAUUCGAUUCCAGAAAAUAUUGUGAUAUCGCCUGAAUGUCGCCAUCUCCUUUCAAGAAUCUUUGUUGGUGACCCUGCACAGAGAAUCACAAUGGCGGAGAUAAAGACACAUGAAUGGUUUCUAAAAAACCUGACUGCCGAUCUGAUGGAUGAAGAGAGGAUGAUAAGCAACCAGUUUGAAGAGACUGCUCAACCUAUGCAGAGUGUGGAUGCGAUUAUGCACAUAAUAUCUGAAGCCACCAUUCCGCCUGUUGGUCUUUACAAUCUCGAUUCCAUGGAAGAUGAUCUUGACCUUGACAUGGAUCUAGAUGACUUUGACUCUGAUCGUGAAGAACUUGAUAUAGACAGCAGUGGUGAGGUCGUGUUUGCCUUGUAAUCACACGUAUACAUAUUGAUAGUCGUUUGAUAUCACAAAAUUGGAGCCGAAAAUGCAUAUGCACAUGAAUUGUAGAUAUCACACUUCAAAGAUUUGCAGUUGCCACAUAUCAAUGUACAGUUUGUGAUCGUUAUAGCAUUUAUGUAGAAUUCAUUUAUCAGACGACAUGACUUGAAUGCAUGUUUUCAGUAUAUCGGAAACAGCAAAUUCUGAUUACAAAUCUUUCACUAUUAGUUGAGAUAUGAUGCAUCUUA